UAUUUUUCAAACCAACAUUCACAAGUUCAAGAAUCAAAGGUUUUAAGAGAUAGAGAGAAGAAGUAAUUUGGAAGAAAACUUUAUUAGAAGAAAAAAAGUUGAAAAAAAAAUGGGCAGAGCUCCUUGUUGUGACAAAAAUAAUGUGAAGAAAGGUCCAUGGUCACCAGAAGAAGAUGCAACACUCAAAGCAUAUAUUGAAGAAAAUGGCACUGGUAAUAACUGGAUUGCUCUUCCCCAAAAAAUAGGGCUUAAGAGAUGUGGAAAGAGUUGCAGGCUUAGAUGGCUCAAUUACUUAAGACCUAAUAUUAAACAUGGUGGAUUUACUGAAGAAGAAGACAACAUCAUUUGCAGCCUCUAUAUUAGUAUUGGCAGCAGGUGGUCUAUAAUAGCUGCACAACUUCCUGGAAGAACAGAUAAUGAUAUCAAGAAUUACUGGAAUACUCGAUUGAAGAAGAAGUUGCUCGGGAAAAGAAAACAAUCUCAAAUGAACAGAUUAUUACUUGCUAGUGGUGGUCAAGAUCUUAAGGAAACAAAUGGAUUAGAAGAAAAUUCCCUAUUUCAAAACCUAAGCAACUCGGCUCUCGAAAGGCUUCAACUUCAUAUGCAACUUCAAACCCUUCAAAACCCUCUUUCUUUCUAUAAUAAUCCUGCUCUUUGGCCUAAGUUAACCCCUCUUCAACAAAAAAUGAUCCAAACCCUACAAGCUAAUGGCUUAAAUGAGAGUCAAUCACCUAUUUUCGCACCGAUAAAUCCUAGUGAUAACCAAGCUCAUGAACUAGGGCAAAAAGUUGUCAUCAAUGAAUUUGCUAAUACCAUGACCAAUUUCAAGGUGAAUGAAGUGGAAAAAAGUACCACGAAUAAAGGCAUAUCAUCUUCAGACAGUACUCCUAUUGUGUCUAACAAUCAAAGAAAUGUUCUUGACAAAAACAUAGGGCAAGAAAACACAAGAGAAAUCCAAGUCCAAAUCCAGGGUGUUCAAGGGUUUACUCAGGCCGAGAUCGAUGACCUAAUUCUCAACAAAGGAAUUGGCUUUAAUCUACCAUCAGAAAAUCACCAAAUAGCUGAAUUUGAUUGUUUUAAAGAGAUGGAUGAUGGAUCAAGGGACAAUUUGGCAUGGUGGUCUAAUGAGUUUGAUACAAAUACAGCUUCUUCAUCAAAUUCUUGGGGUUCAUCUUCCAAUAUUUUUCAACAGACUGAAGGAAUGUAUCAAGAUUAUGCACUAGGGUAUAAUUUGCAAUGAUAGAUUUAUGAGGUAUAGAGGUAUUCAAUACUAUUGCAAGGGGAAAUAGGAGAGCUUUGGGUAAAGGGUGUUUGUAAAUUUGUGUGAAUAAUGCUUUCUCUUUGUCAUCUUGCCAAAUAACUUGUAUGACAUGACUGUCAGUUAAUAUUUUCCUUUUUUUUU